AUGUUGUCGAUUUUGAGGAAAGCGAGGCUCAAGGACAAGGAGCUGAGGAUCCUGAUGCUUGGCCUCGACAAUGCCGGAAAGACGACGAUUGUCAAGCAAAUCAUGGGCGAGGACGUGCACACGGUCAGCCCGACGCUCGGCUUCAUCAUCAAGACCAUUGACUACGAGGGCUACAAGCUGAACAUCUGGGAUGUGGGCGGCCAAAAGACGCUGCGAUCGUACUGGCGCAACUACUUUGAACGAACCGACGCGCUCAUCUGGGUCGUCGACGCCACGGACCGGCUGCGCAUCGACGACUGCCGCAACGAGCUGCACGGCCUGCUCCAGGAAGAGAGGCUGUCCGGAGCCAGCUUGCUGGUCUUUGCGAACAAGACGGAUGUCCAGGGAUGCAUGGACGGCGCCGAGAUUCUUGACGCCCUGAAACUCGACGAGAUCCGCACACAUCGCUGGCACAUUUUGCGGUGCAGCGCCAUGACCGGCGUCAACCUGAAAGAGGGCCUGGCGUGGGUGGUCGAAGACGCAAAGGCACGCCUGUUUCUGUACUGA